CUCUAAAGGAGCUCUGCCCUGCAUAUGUGCUUAGCUAACAUGUGCUGAUUGACUAAUCAUCUCAUUUUUGUAAGCAACUGAUCACCCAGCAGUCACAUUGCAACCUGAUAGAUUUCACUUACUUAUUCCACUUCUCUGAACUUUUGCUCUUGCUAUAUAUCUGAGAGAACUUUUCAUCAUUUCCCCAAGCUUCAGUGUGGUUUCUGGGGAAGACUCGUUUGAGAAUUCCCCUGCUCUCUGUGGCUGGUGGGUGGAGAUCAAAGAUGGGUCUCACUGGAGAGCUCGUGAAGAGUGUCUUCUCCAGAAGCCGACCAUCCGGUCUGCACGAGGCAAAUGCAAGAAGCAGGGAGGCCGAGAGGAGGAGAUGGAGCGUGGUGAGAUCAUACCUGUGCGGCGACGAGUUCAAUUCGGUCCUGGCGGAGGAAGAUUCUGCUUCUGUCAAGAGCUAUGGAGCCACGACUAGUCCACCGUCCGUGGAAACCGAACCAGACGUCGAAAGUAAUGGAGGGAAGGAAAGUUUGUCGGGAAAGCGAAGGAAUUCGAUGUCCAGGUUGUUCCAUGAAGACGAUGCGGCUAUCAUCAUUCAAUCAGCUUUCAGAAGAUUCCUGGCUAGGCGUAAAGACAUGGAAGAUAUUAUAUCAGUGAGCAGGAGCGAGCAAUGUGCGGUAUCGGCAGCAGAGAGCCCAAGCAAGGACUCCAUUGGUACAUCCCUGGAAGUUCAAACCGGAAAUUCUGUGCGAGUGUUCGCAGUGCAAGACGAGAAGUUGGCCAUCAGUCACCAGAAGCACAAACUCAGAACUCAAGUCACAAAGCCAAAGGAAGAGUGGGACGACAGCACAGUAAGCAGCAACAUAUCGAAAAUGAGGAUUCAAAGCAGACUGGAAGCUACGACCAGGCGCGAGAGAGCUCUGGCAUAUGCAUUCUCCCAACAGCUGAGGAUUUGUUCAAAGAAGAGGCAAACAAGAACAGAAGGAAGAGAGCCCAACAUGAGCUGGAGCUGGCUUGAAAGAUGGAUGGCGACUCGCAUUUCAGAGAACUCGUCGGUCGGAUCUCACACGAACAUGCCACUUGUGCCCAGGAACAUAGUCAAGAACGAAUCGCUCGAUGUAGCAGGAGAAGAAAAGGAAAGUUGUGGAUCGAACGAAGUACCCGUCCAUCUCAACGCGUUGUCAGUUAAAGUGACGGGGUAUGGGAAGACCUUAAAGCCAACUAGGAACAGGCUUAAAGCUACUAAUAAGAGAGGUGUAUCGAGGCGGAAAACAGUUCCGAGCCAACAAUUUCCAAAAGCUUAUGCAAAGGCAACAAGGAAAGACUCAUUGGAUGAAGUAGGACUUGGAACAGACAGAAAGCACGAUCAGCAAAUGGAAAGCAAGAACGAAAUCAAAUGCGAUGAUUCGGAAUCGUAGGAGACGCCUUGCAAAAUGCAGACAACACCAACGUCCUGCAGCUGGCGAAUUAACCCAGCUAGACAAGUCAGUUCUCUGUUGGAAUGACUCCAGUAUAUAUAGCAGUUUAAGACUGCCAGAUGCCCGCCAGAAUUUUCUCUCUAAAUUUAUGAAUCCAAGUGCUUUCGGCAUUGCUAG